CAGAACCUAUCUAAGUUUCAGCUUGCAACUCCUUCGCACGUACGUCGGGCUGCCUGCAGCACGCUAUAGACUACUUCGUCGCUCUCUGCACACUUGACUGCACCCUUCUCGAGCCGCCCGCCAUCCUUAUUCCACUCCUCCGCAUCAAGCUGUUCUGUAUCGACCCACGAGAGUGCCGAAGUACCUUCCUGUGCUGUGUUCUAUUGUCUACCCCCAGCGCGUUUCGCUGCCUCCCCUGUCUCCCGAUCCGCUUCGACUUCGUCCACGCUACUCCUAUCGCAUGCAUCUCCAAUGCCCACUCUAUAACCAAGCAACCUUACCCGCUGCCAUCGCGAUUUCUCCUAGACCAUCGCAGCCGGCCACGAUGAGUCAUAUUACUCCAAAGCGGGUUGUCCUCCGAUGUCGCGAACAAUAUUUAAGAGAACAGGGAAUGAUGGUUGAAGCUUUCUUCGAAUCGCAAAAUCUCCUAAAUUUGGAGGACUACGGCGUACACAUAUGUGGAGAACCCUCUUCUCCUACUAUUCUAUACCUCGUCCUCGAUCUCUAUUGCAAAGAGAUUCCCAGUGUCGAUCUCAGAGAAGUAGAACUUCAAGUAUUCAAAGUCUCAAAGAACAAUACAUUUACGUUCAAAGAUCUUGGAGAGGAUGCUAGCAAGAUGGCUUACCAACGAUCUCUUACACUAGAUUGGGGAGCUAACCAAUCUAAUCAGAGGAGUUAGACGGUGUCACUCCCUUGCAAAUGGAGCAGUCUCCAGCUAUGUUUGUAUCUUGGACGUCGCGAGUCAAUGGGAGAUCCCUUAAAAACCCAGAUGGUGGCACGCAUGGGUCUCUGUUAGGGCGAUUGAGUGCUGUUGUAUAAUAGAUAAUGUGGUCUCGAUUUUCGUGGGGAGGAUUGCGCGAACAAGAUUGAUAUGUUUUACAAGCCCAAGAACACAUGGUUGCAAGCAGGAAAGAUACCUCAGAAAUGGAAUAACGUUGUGUUCGAAGAAUGCAGGGACGCUUCGCUCUCCCGAGUUGACGCUGGACGUAUCUGGAUCCUCGUUGCUUGGGACGAAGGGGCGGUUAGGAAUCUCGCGGCGGGGAAUGGU